AGGUUUGAACGAGAGCGUGAUUGGACCGUCCGGCUGUCAAUCACUCGCAGGGGGCGGGGCCUUCUGUUACCGACGGGGGAAACCAGCAGUAGAGCAACAGAUUCGACGGGCUGAAACAUAGAAUUAAGAUUACAGGCAGAAAUGGACAUAAAGCCAGAAUUAUGUUUAUUUGGUGAAGCUGAUUGUGCCUCAGUGACCAUCGCGUGUGUUUGAUGAGGAGGAUCUCGCUCGAUGUUUCAGGAAGCGGGGGAGGAAGAGCCGCAGCGACUCUAUUUUUAUCUUUUUGUAUUAUUUGGACUCGACAUGAGCUAAAGAACCGUGAGGGUCUGUGUGUGUGAAACCCCGAACCAGCGGCCCGGUAACGGACACGAUCGAUCAGCCCGAGCGGACGGAGAGCAACUCUAUGCCAUGGAUCUAAAAACGGCUGUUUUCAACGCAGCCCGAGACGGCAAACUGCGACUCCUCCAGAAGCUCCUGGAGAACAAGAGCGAUCACGAGGUGCUGACGCUCAUGGCGGAGAAGACGAGCGGAGCGACGCCGCUGCUGAUGGCGAGCCGCUACGGGCACCUGGAGCUGGUGGAGUUCCUGAUGGAGCGCUGCUGCGCGCCGGUGGAGCUCGGCGGCUCCGUGAACUUCGACGGCGAGAUCAUCGAGGGCGCGCCGCCGCUGUGGGCCGCCUCGGCCGCCGGACACCUGAAGGUGGUGCAGUCUUUACUGGGGCACGGAGCCUCCGUCAACAACACCACCCUCACCAACUCCACCCCGCUGCGCGCCGCCUGCUUCGACGGGCACCUGGACAUCGUGCGCUACCUGGUGGAGCACAGGGCGGACCUGGAGGUGGCCAACCGACACGGACACACGUGCCUGAUGAUCUCCUGCUAUAAAGGCCAUCGCGAGAUCGCGCAGUUCCUGCUGGAGAGAGGAGCCGACGUCAACCGCAAGAGCGUCAAAGGGAACACGGCUCUGCACGACUGCGCCGAGUCCGGGAGCCUGGAGAUCAUGAAGAUGCUCCUGAAGUACGGCGCCAGCAUGGAGAAGGACGGGUACGGGAUGACUCCGCUGCUGUCCGCCAGCGUGACGGGCCACACCAACAUCGUGGACUUCCUCACCACACACCCGCACACGGGCCGGGCCGAGCGCAUCAACGCCCUGGAGCUGCUGGGCGCCACCUUCGUGGACAAGAAGCGGGAUCUGCUGGGAGCGCUGAAGUACUGGAAGAGGGCCAUGGACUCGCGGCACAGCGACUCGACCCACGUGCUCUCCAAGGACAAGCCCAAGCCGGUGCCGGCGUACGAUCACACCAGAGAAGUGAACAGUUUAGAGGAGCUGGAGGCGCUGAUCGCGGACCCGGACGACAUGCGCAUGCAGGCGCUGCUGAUCCGCGAGCGCAUCCUCGGCCCGGCGCACCCCGACACCUCCUACUACAUACGCUACCGGGGAGCCGUGUACGCAGACUCGGGGAACUUCGAGAGAUGCAUCAAGCUGUGGAAGUACGCCUUAGACAUGCAGCAGAACAACCUGGACCCGCUGAGCCCGAUGACGGCCAGCAGCCUCCUCUCCUUCGCAGAACUCUUCUCCUUCAUGCUGCAGGACCGGGCCAAGGGCCUGCUGGGAACCUCCGUGUCCUUCGACGAGCUCAUGGAGAUCCUCAGCAAGAGCGUGCUGGAGAUCGAGCGGGCCGUGAAGAGGCCCGGCCCGGACCCGGCCCAGCUCGGCAAGGUUCUGUCCAUCAUCCUGCACCUCAUCUGCCUGCUGGAGAAGGUGCCGUGUGCCGUGGAGCAGGACCACUUCAAGAAGGAGACCAUCUACAAGUUCCUGAAGCUGCAGGCGUGUGGGAAGAACGGGUUCAGCCCGCUUCACCUGGCCGUGGACCGCAACACCACCUGUGUGGGCCGAUACCCCGUCUGCAAGUUCCCCUCCUUCCAGGUGACGUCGAUCCUGCUGGAGUGCGGCGCGGACGUGAACUCUCGGGAUCAGGACGACAACAGCCCGCUCCACGUGGCGGCGUCCAACAACCACCCCGACAUCAUGAACCUGCUGAUCUCCUGCGGCACGCACUUCGACAGCACCAACUCCUUCAAGCAGACGGCCUGCGAUCUGCUGGACGAGAAGGAGAUGGCCAAGAACCUGAUCCAGCCCAUCAACCACACCACCCUGCAGUGUCUGGCCGCGCGCGCCAUCGUCAAACACGGCCUGGCGUACCGCGGAAACAUCCCCGAGCGGCUCGAGGCCUUCGUGCUGCUGCACAGAUAGUGACUGUGCUCCGGCUGGGCUUCGGCUGGGCUUCGGCUGGGCUUCGGCUGGGCUCUGGCUGGGCUCUGGCUGGGCUCUGGCUGGG